GUGACCCUUGGUUUAAGGUAACAAUCAAUCUUGAGUUAGGAAACCUCCUUGAAGACAUUAAGUGUUUUUGUCUUUCUCUCCUCAGACCUGAUGCCACUGAAAAGGGAGAUUCAAGAAUAUCUGAUUGAGAACCAUAACGACUUCAUACCUACAGAAAGUGAAUUCAUUUGCUCGCAGACUAUGAUGAGCUCACAAAAGGCUGCUCAAAAAGCAAAGACCGCACAUCCUCUCAAAUGCGACCAGUGCGGAAGAGGUUUCACUAAAAAAGGACACCUCAGAAACCACAUGAGGACUCACAAUGGAGAGAGCUCUUUCACCUGCCAACAGUGUGGAAAAGGUUUCACUCAAAAGUCAAACCUCAGAAACCACAUCAAAAUUCAUAUUGCGAAAAACGCUUUGACCUGCCAACAGUGUGGCAAAUCUUUCAGUCAUAAAGACUACCUUAAACGACACAUGAGAGUUCACACUAUAGAGACUUCUCACACGUGCCCUCAAUGCGGAAAGAGUUUUGCAGACGAAUCGAUAUGUAUCGCCCACAUGAGGAGUCACACUGGAGAAAAACCAUUUGUGUGUGAUCAGUGUGGGAAGAGCUACACAAGUCGGAGUAACCUUAAAUACCACAUGAAUGUUCAUGCAAAUGAGAACAGUUUUAUGUGCCAUCACUGCGGAGUGCGUUUCAGAAGAAGCGCUCAACUGAAGAAACAUGUAGAAACCCACAUCGAACUGGUGCCUUUAAUGUGUCGUCAGUGUGGAAAAACGUUCUCAACAAAAGAAAACCUCGAAGUUCACAUGAGAAACCACUCUAAGGAAAGACCUUACACCUGUCAACAGUGCGGGAAGCGUUUCAUCCGGAACGCAAGUCUUAAAGAGCACAUGAUAAUUCACACCGGAGAGAAGCCACACAUCUGCCAACAUUGCGGGAAAAGCUUCUUUCGAAAAGCAUACCUUGAUAUCCACAUAAGGGUUCACACCGGAGAGAAACCGUACACCUGCCAAGAUUGUGGAAAGAGUUUCAUCCGAAAAGCACACCUCAAUACCCACGCGAAAGUUCACAGUGGGGAGAAACCUUACAGUUGUGAACUUUGCGGGAAGACCUCCUAUCGGAAAGAAGACAUUAAAAGGCACAUGAGAGUUCACACCGGAGAGAGGCCUUAUCGCUGCUCCAAGUGUGGAAAGGGCUUCACAUGUACAAGAAGCUUAAGGAGGCACACAAAAAUCCACCUACUGUAGAAAUCAGGCAGCAGUCUAAUUAAUAAUCAUGGAUACCCUCAGCAGAGAGAGAACCCUUUCAUGAAGCGCAAAGGAAAAGUGUCCCUCUAAACCAGGCAUGUCCAAACUCGGUCCUGGAGCGCCGGUGUCCUGCAGAGUUUAGUUCCAACCCUAAUCAAACACACCUGGGCUAGCUAAUCAAGCUCUUACUAGGCAGUCUAGAAACAUCCUUGCAGGUGUGUCGAGGCAAGUUGGUGCUAAAAUCUGCGGGACACCGGCCCUCCAGCACCAAGUUUGGACACCCCUGCUCUAAACAAAGAAUCUCAGGCACCAAAGGAACCUGAAAAGCAUUGAUUCAAUCAUUUCCUUCUUAUUAGUCCCUUAUUUAUUAGGGGUCGCCACAGCAGAAUGAAGCAUCAAUUAUUUAGGCAUCUGUUUUACACAGUGGAUGCCCUGCCGGCCGCAACCCAGUUCUGGGAAACACCCAUACACUCUCAGAUUUCCCAACACAUUCAUACACUAUGGCCUACGACUGUCGGGGAAAUCGGAGCACUCGAAGGAAACCCAUGACAACGAUGGAAGAACAUACAUACUCCACACAGGAAUGACUCAAACCAGCGACCUUCCUGCUGUGAGGCGCUGAACCACCGUGUCACCCACAUCAAAACAUUAUAGGAGUUUAAACAAUUUCAGAAAUAUACUGCUGAUCUACCCUCUUCAUCAGUGUAUCACUCCGCCCGCAGAGAGUACCAAACAGAGGACCAGAGUCACUAUAGACUGACAAUUACCGCCGCUGUUAGACCACAAUGUAUAUUUGAUACUUUUAGGCGGUAAUGUAGUUGCUUAGACUGUAAAUAUGCCGUUUAUUUACAGGUACAGCGUCUAUUAUAAAAUGUGUUUAGAAGAUUUUGGAAGUGGGACUUCUAGCAUGUCGGUGUCCUACCUUGUCAGAUUGUCCUACCUCCCAUUCAAAAGGUAGGCAGCACAUUUUGAUGAUGCAAUAUGCCACCCAUCUGAUUUUGCCACCAGUGUAGGUUUGAAUGUGGAGUAGUGUGAUAUGAAGCUAUAAUGUCACCCUAAUCCCCCAACCUCAGAGUCUUUUCAAAUACAGUGUUGGGCGCAUGAUCUGAUGGGUGGGAUACAACGUCAGGACACCGCAGACACUUAUUGAAGCCUUGGAUGUGUGUCUGUACAGUAGUCUGUUGUGUAGUGUAAUGUGUUUAGGCUAUAUCUAAAGGCAGUGUUUGGUCACUUAUCUGUUAUUUACGCUAGAGCAAAUAGAUUUCACUGCAAUGUUAAGUUUUACAGCUUACACUUGAAAACUUGGUCGUUGCUCUGUAGACUGAUUUACGUAGCAUCUUUAAACUAUUGUGUUAGUGUUAUUGUGCAAUUAGUGACAUUUAAUAUGAACUGCAGUGAUAUUUAAUAAUAAAAAUGCUUUGUA